CAUGAGAGAGUUUUGACUGACAAGCACACAUUGACGUUCUCUAGGAUUUGGACGAGAAAGAAUCUCUCGGUCUCUCUUUAUGCAGGAGAGCUGGGAGGUCUCAGUGUGUCCCGUUCACUCAAGAAUUGAUGUCACCAAAAGAUAUGAGAUAGCAGUGAUAUUGAUCAUCUCCAGAUCCACCACUGAAGACCCUGUCAAAAAAACUGUCGAAGUAUGGAAAAUAAUUCCACACCCCCUUUACACCAACGUGGGAGCUAUCUCUAUUCAUUGGACGGUCAGGAUGGAAGUCACUUAAAUUCUAACAGGCGACUUGACAUGGAACAGAAGAAAACCUGGGGGGAAUGGAUACAAGACAUGAAAAUUUACUUGUGGAAUCCAGAGAAAAAAGAAGUAUUAGAACGAGAUAAGAAAAGCUGGGCUCAGAUACUUCUAUUUUACCUUAUACUUUACGGAUUUCUAGCUGGGAUGUUUGCAUUAUGUAUCUAUGGACUGCUUCUCACAAUAAGCCCAUAUGUACCUACUUGCAGAGACAGAGUCUUUCCACCUGGUGUAACAAUCAGGCCAUAUAUAAGGGAAUUUCAUUAUAAAUUUAAUGCUGAUAUUAAGGACACAUGGUUACCUUACACCGAGAAUCUGCACACAUUUCUUGAAGCCUAUGAUGAUGAGAAACAAACAGCUACAAACGUGAAAUGCACUCCAGGACAAUACUUCAUUCAAGAAGGAGAGCUACAUGAGGAAAGGAAAGCCUGUCAGUUCCCCCGCUCACUGCUGAAGAACUGUUCUGGAAUUGAAGACCCAAGUUUUGGAUUUUCCCAUGGGAAACCAUGUAUCCUACUAAAGAUGAACCGGAUUUUGGGGUUUGAAGCCGGUGCUGGAACACCAAUUACUGUAUCUUGUGGAAUCUACUAUGGAAAUGAUACUGAUUUAGGAGCAGUUACCUUUUACCCACAUAAUUACUUUGACCUCAUGUACUUCCCUUACUAUGGCAAGCUACCACAUGUAAACUACACAUCACCACUUAUUGCUAUGCAUUUCACAGAGCUGAUCCAUAAUCAUGAAGUCAUCAUACAGUGCAAGCUAAAUGGACGAGACAUUAUUAAUGAUCGUAAGACUGACCACUUCCUGGGCAGAGUAAUCUUCACAAUGAACAUUGGAUGAAUGACCUCUGAUUCACCAAUUCAGGAAACUUACAGGUGGUCAUGAUCAGACUAUUACUUACCUUUCCUAUGUUGCAGCAGUCAGUUUUAUCAAUGCUGAGGCCUAAAUAAAUCAGAACAUCUUCUGCUAGGCCACAGUUUGUGAGAUGUCCUCCUGGAUGUAGACUUGGCUUUUAUUAGUAGUGAAUGAAGAAGACAAUAAGCAUGCAUAAAACUAA